AUGCCGGUGCGCAGGGGGCACGUGGCUCCCCAGAACACUUUCCUGGACACGAUCAUCAGGAAAUUCGACAGCCAAAGUCGGAAGUUUGUGAUAGCUAACGCGCGAGUGGAGAACUGUGCGAUCAUCUUCUGUAAUGACGGCUUCUGUCACAUGUGUGGAUACUCUCGGGGGGAGAUCAUGCAGAAGCCCUGCACCUGUAACUUCCUGUACGGCCCCGGCAAGAGGCUCGCCAUCGCUCAGAUGGCCCAGGCUCUGCUGGGCUCCGAGGAGAGGAAGGUGGAGAUCGACCUGUACCGGAAAGACGGUGAGUGCUUCCUGUGCAUGGUGGACGUGGUGCCGGUGAAGAAUGAGGAUGGCGUGGUCAUCAUGUUCAUCCUGAACUUUGAGGUGAUGACAGAAGAGAGUCUGAUCGACGAACGCGCCGAGCUCAACCACCGUCUGCCCACCUGGCUCGUCACCGGUCGUCCCCGGGGUUUUAAGCUGCGCCUGCCUCUGCUGCGCUCUCUGUCCAACAGUAAGAUGUCCCUGAACGACGCUGAGGUGGGACACAUCCCCACGGCCACCCCCCUGCCCCUGCACACCGAGCCCUGCCACGAGUCACUGGGCCUGGGGGAGUUUCUGUCUCUGCCCCCCAUCCCUCCAGAGCAGCAGGACCACACCACGGCUAACAGAUCUGGUCACCACGGCUGGCACGAGGACUGCGAGGCGGACCAGCGCACCUUACUGCCCUCCGACCCCUCGCACCCCCCUCACCCGUCCCUCCCCCCCCCCCCUCACCCGCCUCAUGGCCUGGCCCAGUCGUCCCCCUGCGUGGUCCCCCACCAGCACAGACUGAGCCUGAACCCGGACGGCUCGGGCUCCAACUGCUCCCUGUCCCACAGCCGCUCCAGGGAGAGCUUCCACAGCAUGAGGAGAGCUUCUUCUGUGGACGAGAUCGAAGCCAUGAGGCCCGACUGGGACCGCAAGAACCGCCGAGCCAGCAGCAUCAGGCCUGGUAGUACUGGUGCGGUGAACAGUAAAUCCAACAUUCUAAACUCCACGUCGGACUCAGACCUGAUGAGGUACAGAGCCAUCUCCAAGAUCCCUCAGAUCACCCUCAACUUUGUGGACUUCAAACCGGACCCUCUGAUCACGCUGCCCACUGGAGAGAUGGACAUCAUCGCUCCAUGCAAACUCAUCGACCGCACCCACAACGUCACCGAGAAGGUCACCCAGGUGCUGUCCCUGGGCGCAGACGUGUUGCCUGAGUACAAGCUGCAGGCCCCUCGGAUCCACAAAUGGACGGUGCUUCACUACAGUCCGUUCAAAGCCGUGUGGGACUGGCUCAUCCUGCUGCUGGUCAUCUACACGGCCAUCCUCACGCCGUACUCCGCCGCUUUUCUACUCAACGAUCAGGAGGAGCAGAUCAUGCAGAGCUGUGGCUACUCCUGCUCCCCUCUCAACGUGGUGGACCUCAUCGUGGACAUCAUGUUCAUCAUCGACAUCCUCAUCAACUUCAGGACCACGUAUGUGAACUCCAAUGACGAGGUAGUGAGCCAUCCCAUAAAGAUCGCAGUGCACUACUUCAAAGGCUGGUUCCUCAUAGACAUGGUGGCUGCCAUCCCCUUCGACCUGCUCAUCUACCGCAACGGAGAGGAGACGACGACUCUGAUUGGUCUGCUGAAAACUGCUCGUCUGCUCCGAUUGGUCCGUGUGGCCAGGAAGUUGGACCGGUACUCGGAGUAUGGAGCGGCCGUGCUCUUCCUGCUCAUGUGCACCUUCGCCCUCAUUGCCCACUGGCUCGCCUGCAUCUGGUACGCCAUUGGGAGUGUGGAGAGGAACGGUUCUAUAGGCUGGCUCCACACACUGGGCGACCAGCUGGGGAAGCACUACAACGGCUCGAUCAAAGGCUCUGGUCCUUCUAUCAAAGACAAGUACGUGACGGCGCUGUACUUCACCUUCAGCAGUCUGACCAGUGUGGGCUUUGGAAACGUGUCCCCCAACACCAACUCUGAAAAGAUCUUCUCCAUCUGCGUCAUGCUCAUAGGCUCGCUCAUGUACGCCAGCAUCUUCGGUAACGUCUCCGCCAUCAUCCAGCGUCUGUACUCGGGCACGGCGCGCUACCACACGCAGAUGCUCCGAGUGCGAGAGUUUAUCCGCUUCCACCAGAUCCCCAACCCCCUGAGGCAGAGGCUGGAGGAGUACUUCCAGCACGCCUGGUCCUACACCAACGGCAUCGACAUGAACGCCGUUCUCAAAGGCUUCCCUGAGUGUCUGCAGGCCGACAUCUGCCUGCACCUGAACAGGACUCUGCUGCAGAACUGUAAGGCGUUCAAGGGCUCCACUAAAGGCUGUCUGCGCGCUCUGGCCAUGAAGUUCAAGACCACGCACGCGCCGCCCGGAGACACGCUGGUGCACGCCGGCGACGUCCUCACCGCGCUCUACUUCAUCUCCCGAGGCUCCAUCGAGAUCCUGCGCGGAGACGUGGUGGUGGCCAUCUUGGGUAAGAACGACAUCUUCGGCGAGCCCAUAAACCUGUACUCUCGCCCGGGGAAGUCCAACGCAGACGUGAGGGCCCUGACCUACUGCGACCUGCACAAGAUCCUGAGGGAGGACAUCAUGGAGGUGCUGGACAUGUACCCUGAGUUUGCAGACCACUUCUGGAACAACCUGGAGAUCACCUUCAACCUCAGAGACACCAACAUGAUCCCCGGCUCUCCCAGCAGCGACGAGUCCAAGUCUGGAGGCUUCAACAAACUGCGCAGACGAAAGUUAUCCUUCAGACGCCGCACAGAGAAAGAUGACGCAGACGCAGGUGAGAUCAAAAAGACCCACAAAGCCAUCAGGAGGCGACAGAGAGACACGUCCCUCAGCCAGAGGACAGAGGAAGUCCCCCAGGCCCGAGAGUGGACAGCCCCACGCAGCUCUGUGUCCUCUCACUCCAGUGGAGACGAGGGGGAUGAGGCGGUGGUGACGGGCCUGGCUCCUCCUCCUGCUCUGGGGAACCCUCACGCUCCAGCCAAGGUCCUGAACUUCAGAGAGAGCACAGAGCCGGAGGGAGGGCCCAAGACCGGGAACACAUGCAACGCUCUGUCAGGAGCCUUCUCGGGGGUCUCAAACAUCUUCAGUUUCUGGGGGGAGAGCCGAGGUGGGGGUCAGUACCAGGAGGUCCCCAGCUGUAGUCUGGCCUCUCCGCCCCCUCUCCACACCCCCGUGCACAGCCUGAGCAGACAGCAGAGGAGCCAGCUCGACGCACGGCUAGACCUGCUCCAGAAGCAACUCAACAGGUUGGAGAGCCGCAUGUCUGCAGACAUCGGGGCCAUCAUGCAGCUGCUGCAGAGACAGAUGGCCCUGGUGCCCCCGGCCUACAGCGCAGUGUCCUCCCCUCCUCAGGUGUCUCCAUACCCAGGCUCAGGGGACAGAACAGCGCCCCUUCUGGAGACAGAUGCUCUGUCCUCACUGUCACAGAUUCUGGAAACACAGGACUUUGAGGAGUUCCCGUCCAGGCCACAUGAGGGCGCUGUGAUGAGCAGUCACCCCUCAGGACUGGGUGCUCUGGAGCUGCAGUUGGGACGGGGCCCUGGAACGGGGCUGGUGCCGGGUCCGGAGCAGAGCGGCGGGGGUGUGGAGCUCACUCCAGGGGCCUGUGUCUCCAUGGACCCAGAGAGCCAACGCAGGUUGUCCCUUCAGGAGCCACAGACCCCUCUGGACUCACGGACACCUCAGAGACACCGCUCUGACCCGGGGGGCAGCUAA